AGAUGAUAAGAUUGAAGAUCACUCAGUUGUCUAGGAUCAUUAGGGACCUGGAAAUCAUAGAACCGUCCAUCGAUCGAUUUCACCCCCCGAUUCAUUGUUUUCUUCUCCAUUUGUUCACUGUUUUCUCUAAUUUCCAACCACCUUCGAUAUUUAUUGUUUUUUUUCCUCCACCCAACCCUUCACCGCCUGAAAUGUUUACAUCGACUCCAAUGGAAAUAUAGAAUAGAGUAUUUGAUCAGAUAUAUAUUCUUCUUCGUUUUCGGCCACUCCCUCGCCGUUCCACAUACCGACUGCUUCUUCUUUUGCUCUGAUUUCCCUCCCCUGUAUCGAUUUUGAGAGUAACCACCACUGAUUUUGGUUCGGUUCUUCUGUCUUUGCUUCCGUCGUUGAAAUCUCCAUCGGAUGUUUCUGUUUUCUUUAUCUCCUUUCCAAUCAUCAACCGACCAUCCGGACCCGACGAUUCUGUUUUGUUUUCGUACCACCUCCACUCAUCACUCACAUCCCACUUUGUCAACAGUAGUACCGCCGUCUCUCUUCCCUUGACCGAGUCGGGGUUAGCUUCUGAGUCCGGAAUCCUCAAACUGUACCACGCUUAUUCAUCAUCCGGAUCGGCGUACGGGAAGGCAGUCUUCCAAUUCCGCCUCCGUCCUUCCCUGCUGUUUCAGGGGUCACCGCAUUUUCUUCCAACAAUCCACGUAACCCUAAAACACCAAUGACUUUGGAUGCAAAACGGAUUACUGCUUCACAGUUUGAAGCUCAUGAUGGAUGGGCAUCCAAACAUCAACAGUGACAAAUCAGAUUUGUCUUUAAAAUCCCCCGUUUGUAGUGUGUGUUUAAUUGUAUAUGUUUCUGGGACUCAUCGGUGUUUUAAAUUGCAUAACCAUUUUCCUGGAUUAGAGGACUCUUUCACUCUAUACACAGUUCUUAAAGAUAAUGAUUUCAUCUCCUCAGGACUAACAAGACUAACAUCAGCCAUGACUUUGGUCGUGGUGAUUCUUAUGGUACCCAAAUUAGACCGGAUGCAUUCAGAUUCUAUGGAGGACAAUGAAGAAGCUCAUGCAAGUCAAAUUGUAGCAGUGUUUGGUUUAAUUAUGGGAGUUACCAUUCAGGUCAUUCAGAAUAGUCAACUAACAUCCCCAUAUGAACCAUAACAGUUAUAAAUAACCUAUUGUUCGAUCUUAUUUGAAGUUGUUGUCCCAAAACAUGAGUUAUGAAUAUGUCUAUUUACCAUUUUAAUAAUAUUCAUGAUUGCAUUUU